AUGGGCAAUGUGCUUGAGCAUGCCGGCAGCGUGGCAAUCGAUGACGCUGAUGUGGUGGAAGAAGACUUGAAAUGGCUUUCGGUAAAAGGGUCGAUGCUGUUCAACGACGACUUCUUGGAAGAGGAGUAUACCAGCCUUCCGCCCUAUGAAGGGACUGAGAUGCUUCCGGUCCAGGGAAAUGACGGCUCCCCCGGACUGUCAGCGGAGGCCGACGUCGGAGUAGGUGGCUUGCACGGCCAAGACGCCGUUCGACGCAUGCUGCAACUGCUUAGACCGCAGCAAGACUUGCCUAACGGAACAGCGGGAGCAGACACGGGCAACGGCGAGGGCACGAGCGUGGAGGACUUCCCGCCCCUGCUGGGAGAGAGCUACUUGCGAGCCUCGACGCAUUCCACGGCGACCCGGAUGCGAUCAAGAUUGUUUCAGCGCAUACAUGUGGCUCUCAUGCGGCAAGCAUUCCGUACGAUGAGAAGGAUGAAGGCGGAGGCGGGUGGCAAGGGAGGCGCCGGAGCGUUGGCUGCUUCAUCGGCGUUCGCUCUCCCUCCCUCUUCUAACGAAGAGGGACGGGGAGAGUCGGACCCAGCCGCAAUCCUGACCUCAGCUUCGAUGCGCAUGUCGCUCACGCUCAUGGGGGCUCUUCGCGCCACGGUCCCAGGGCUGUUCGCGAGCAUGGCGCAAACCCUCAUGGAUCUCUUUCAGGCAUCCGCACCUUUCGCUCUGGGACAGGUCGGGUCCUCCUCGGCGUACCUCGAGACUUUGACUCAAGUACGUGAGGUGGCCGAGAGGGUGGCGACUGUCGAGAGCGGAUCGUCCAAGGACGAGAGAACACAGGCUGUGGCGUUGCUCCUGUCUCUCGGGGUUGCGACGGGAUCCGUGUCGGACGUGGUCCGGGUGGCCAUGCUCUUGCUGGAACUGGACGUGCCGGCACUUCCCCCUUCCGCUAGCGGGCCCCUGGAGCAACUCAGGAACCACUCCACGCCUCCCAAGGUUUCGAUCCCUAAACCCGGCACCUGGACAGCGUCUUUCCCGGCACGCCUAGACACUGAGGCCGAAGGCACAAGUGGCUCGACUCCCUCGAGUGCCCGGCGAGGCGCUGGUGGUAGUGGUGGAAACGGCCGCAAGGAUGGAGCGGCGGCGGCAGGCGGGGGUUGCUGUAACCCUGCGACCGACGGGGUGUAUGUCUACGUCUGGGAUGCCGAUACGAAGAGGGUGCACAAGGUGGGCACGGGUUUCCACGGAACGCUGGCCGGAAACGUGUACCUGUCGAGCAAGAAAGUCCUCGACGACAUUCGCGUUUUCAAGGGCAUGGAGCCCGCCCCGCCGGAGGAAGACGAAGAGGAUCAGGACGAGGGCGAGGGCGAGGGCGAGGCUGCGAGUCCUGAAGCGGAUGUACUCAAUGCACGUCCUCGCCAGAGCGGUGGCGACGGUGGCGUCGUCAUGUCGGAAGCGGCGGCUCAACGGAGGCGCUCCUUGAUGGGCACGGGGCUAAACAUCGGAGGGGGGCUGGGAUUGGGGAUGAGCGACAGCGAUGACAGCGAGCCCGAUCGUCUAAACGGCGCCAUGGAAGGCUUUGAGGAAUUUUUCGAGCCCGUGGAUCCCAACGGCUCGAACGAAAGCGGUAGCUUCAAUACUGCUAACCUCGAGGUUGACGGCAUAUCCGGAGGUACACCCCCGCAGCCCCCUGUGCCCUCUUCACGAAGAGGCUCCGCAACCCCGCCGCUGCCCACGGCAGCGACAGGGGGGGUGGGGGUGGCUUCGCCUGCCCCUCGGGGGGCAGACGCCGCUCAACCACCGCCUGAGCGACAGCGCUCGGGCGCAGGCAGCAGCGGUGGCGGCGUGCGGCUGCACCGGGUGCCGUCGCCGGUCCGGCAAGUGCCGACGAGCGGCCAGUCUCCGAUGACCGUCCCGCCGACGGGAAGCGCGGCGAGGACGCCCCCCGACAGCCGGACUAGGUCCCGCUCCUCGUCUCCCCCGCGUACGAUAGACGAGAUCCUCGGUGCCAUGGGGACCAUGAGGGCGAGGGAGAGCGGUGCAAGGAUCGGGGUUGCGAUGGCGGUCGGAGCAGGAACUGUUGGAUCCCUCGCGGCGGGACUCGGCGGGGCCGGCGGUGGGGACGGGGGCGGCGGCGGCGGCGGCGGUGGCAACGGUGGCGGCGCGAGGGGGAACGGGCUACUGAGAUUUAGGGCGCUGGAAUUCAAGGCUGUGCUUCGCCAGGUUCCUGAGUCCGGCUGCCCCGAAGAGGGUGAUGAUUUCGGCGAGGGCGAGGAAGCGAUGGAGGAGGACGACGAGGGGUACAUCCUCGACUGCAAGGUCGUGCACGGCUUCCGGUGGUACAGGGUCCGGGUGACCUCUCGCGCGGUGUCGACCCAGACUCUCAACAUCGUGGGGUGGGUGCCACUGAAGAGUGUGGAUGACUCUGACUACGGAAGCCUGGACAGCGACGAGAAGGCCGAACUCGACGGAGAGGAGUUCAUCGAGAUACUCGACCCGACCACGGGGGAAACCAUCGAACCGGACUCGCCUCGGGCGUUGAAUCCCCCCAUAUGGGACGAGGCGCGAGAAGCCUCGGCAGCUGCUGUGCAAGACUUCAACGAAGACAGUGGGGGCAGGCGGGACUCAAGAGCUUCCAGGGGGGGUGGGGCCACCGCGGGGGGCGGCGGUACGGCGGAACCUGCUGCGGUUCGUCCGGUCUGGCUUGCGUUGGCGGGCGGGAAGCUGUUCGUCCGUGAGAAGGCGUCCGGGGCGCUGUCGGCAGAUGAGAUCGCCGUGCUACGUCCGUCAGACCUGUCCCUCGUAGAGGUGGUUAGCCUGGCCGACCUGCCCAUCCCAGGCUUUCCUGCUUCGCCUACCGAAGCGCGUCAGGCUAAGCCCGAGGAUGGUUUGGAGGAGAAACAGGAGGUGGCCCCCGAGGAUGGGGGGGUGGGGGAAGUGGCGGAAACGGAAGACGUAAUGGAGUUUGCUUACGCUGACCUCGGAGCAUCCGUGGCGGAGUGCUCCUCCAACUCGGAGCUGUCCGGAGGUGUUUUGCAGAACAACCUUCUUGUGCGCGAGGAAUCGGAUCGACUCCCUUUCCCUUCGGGCGGAAGCUCGCCCAGCGAUGUGGCCUUUUCCUUCGCGCCGUCGGACCGCGAUAGAGUCCUCGUUGUCGACCUGGGUUUGGCGAGGCGUGUUCGGGGGGCAGGGGUUGAGCUGUUCCCGUCCCCGGGUGCUGGGAUUUCCAUCGCCAUGCAGAGCCUUUUGGUGGAAACGUCGCUGAGCGGGAACACCUGGACCACCCUGGGUUUGUGGACAGCCUCCGAGCAUGAGCAGGAAGAGGGAGGAACGGCCGAGUACUCGGCGAAGAUCACGGCAGCCGAAGGCGUAACCAACAUCGCAAGGUUCGUCCGCUACACCCUGGCGCCUUCAGCAGCGACCCCCCCCCCCUGGUGCUUGCUGACCCGGCUGUCGGCAACCGGCCCAAGCGAGGAAGUCCGGGAGGGUCUGUGUCGGGAGGAGGAGGAAGGGGGGUUUCCGUUUCCCGCUAUGACGACUGAUUCGAGGCACAUUAUCCUCGUGUGCCCGGCGGGAAGCGGGCAAGAGGGAGACGACCCGAGUACUGCGGCUGCGGCAGCAACGGCGUCGGGUGAUGGUGACUCUCCACGCAGGCUGGAGAUGUUAUUCCUGGACCCAGAAGACGGGUAUCGCCUCGUGAGGACCGCUACGCUAGCGUGGGGCAUGGACGAGACGGAGCUCCACCAGAACGCGGUGUUGUGCGACGGAGAGAGACUAGUCAUGCUCACUCACAGGCACUCCGGAGUGGUAAAGAGGACGGCAGACACAGCCGUUAUCGCUAUGCGAUGCCGCUCUGGUGUAUUCUCGAGAUCCGGCGACGAGGAGGCGCUAGGCACCACACACCAGGAUGAAGACAUGGAAUUCGACGUCAGGUCUACAGGAAGCCUUGCUCCGACUGGGCUGGGGUACGACCGCCGCAACAACGUCAUGUGGGGGUGGGAUUCUAUCUUGAAGAAGCUCUGUCGGUGGCGUAACGACGGACUAGCGCCCAUCUUCGCGCCGCCUCGACCAAGCCCUCCCGAGGGCUCACGGCCAUCAGCACUGCGGUCUCCACGCGGAGUGGUUCCUUCGGAGGGCGAGGGAACCAUGUCGCUGGACUCUGCUGCACCGGGAAAGGUGUCGGACACCACCGAGCGAAUGGCCUGGGCUCGAAUCAUGCUGGGUUCUUCGUCCCCUUGUCACCGCGUCGAGGGGCUUGAGGAGGCUGGCUUGCUGGAUCUACACGGCCCUGCUGGUUCGGGAGAGGAGGGGGGGGACAAGGCGGUGCUAUGCGCUAGGGGGCACGCUGCUCUGUUGCUGGGUUAUCUAGAAAGGCUCGGCGAGCCGUACGGGCCGCCAGAGGAGGAUGUUGCCGAGCCCCGGGUGCGGUGCGAGCUGGAAGCCGCCUCCGGCGGUAAAGACGACGGGAAUUUUUCCAGGCUGCUGGUGAGGGGAGAGGACCGGAGUUGCAAGGAGCCAGGCAUGAACGUCCUGGUCCUGACGGAGACUCUGGAUGCAGGAGGACAAGUCGCCACGACCUUCGCCACUCACGAAUCUGUGCACGCCUCAAACCGGCUCGCGGACUACCUGAACAAUGUGCCCCAGGGCCGCACGGUGCUGAUAGCCGUACAGGAGGAUUCCUCCGGAAACCUCGGCAACUCCGCCAAAAGAGCACUCUUGUCCAUGGGGGCCGGGACCACAGAGAUUGCGGCGCUCGGCAUGCACAAGCGCAGCUCGUUCGCGAUGAUAGGCCGGAGGGGCGCCAUCCCAGGCUCCGUACCUCAGGUCCUGCGAAUGCCCAAGAAGGGGUGUGCCACCGUCAGGCAACGUCUACCGGCCCCAAAGGUGCCAAUGUGCGUGGACGUGUCGAAGGAGACUCUCGACAACCUCGUCACGCUUAUUCUCAGGCACGAAUCGGUCCUCCUGCGGCAGCAGCCGGACGUAUCAUCACAGCACGUAACACCAGAGAUCGCCGCAUCAAGUUUUGCUCGCGAAAGGGGUGGACAGACGGUAACGAAGGAGGUAGAUGGUGUUGUGGGACAGGCGGAGCUGGACGCAGCGGUUGUGCUGUCGGCGGUGAACAUCCUCACCAACCAGAUGUUCCAGCUGCUGAGAGGCUCUACCCCGGCUGCGGCUCUGGCUUCGUUUUCUCCGGACAAACUGGGCCCUCUAUUGAGUCUUCUGAUUGCCGUCAUCGACCAAAACCGACCGGAGGUCGGGGAGCAAGAAGAAAGCACGCAAACACUGUCGACGCCGCGUCCCUCUGUCCGAGCGCCUCGCAAGCAGAGCGACGAGAAGGGCCUCGGGCCGAAAGACAAGGCUGCAGGGGUUGUCUCAGAAGCAACUCCCUCGGCUGCCGAUAUCGGUACUGCGGUCCGCAGGGUGUCAUGCACCGGCAGCGUUGGCUCUUCCGCCCUUGACCACAGCGGCGGAGGGCGAAGAGCGGUGGCUGUGGGGAGCGCGGGGGCGCGGCAGGAUUUGUUGCAGAGAGCGUGCCUUCGCCUGUUCGUGACGGGGAUGGACUUGUUCUUCCCCUCGUGCGCGCAGAGGUAUAGCCUGCUGGCGAGGUAUCUGUCCAAGUAUCUCAGCGACGGCCUGAGCCCAGCAAGAGAGACCGUCCUAGAGCUUCUGCUCCGCCGGAUGUCCGACCCCGGUCAGCUGGUGGAGAUAGUGGUGCGACCCAAUGUUUCCGCGAAAGUUAACGAACCAAACCCUUUCGUCGUUACCCCGCCCAUCGCGGCGACCGGGGCCUCCACUCCCAAGAACGAUGGUGUGUUGUUCGGGAAAGACGAUGUCGCGCAGGCGGCGACGACGAUGGUAGCGACCCCGGCUCCAUCCGCGAACGAAUUGCAAUGCCUACUGCUCUCUGUCGCCACAGCUGAAGGGGUUUCCAGGAUCAAGGCGUUGCAACACCGUUCCCAAGAAAAGAAUACAGGCGAUCGCAGGGAUUCAGGGCGGAGAAGCGUGGAGGAUGGUACCGCUUUGACGGGAGGAGUGGGAGAGGCUGCGGUGGAGAUGUUGGGACGGUUGAUGAACCAGCUCCUUAGUAGCGCGGAUUGCGUGAUCAUGGAGUCAGAUCUUGAAGCCUUCGACAUGCUCUGCGAAGAAGAAAUUGCUCGCUUCUUGAAGGCGAUGGGACUCGCGCCUCUCCCCACACACUCAACCACAGCCAACAGCGCCAGCGGCGACACCAACAGGAACGAAGCGGCUUCGAAUAUUUCCAGCGCUACUGAUGGUACAGCCGUUGGGCUUGACUCGACGCAUGCUCUAGCUACAGUGACUGGGACAUGGUUUGGCAGGGAUGUAUCGGCACCCAGCACUCUGGUCGUGCUCGUUACGGCCUUAUGCAGGUCAUGCGCCGCGUUGGCAGCCCAAGCUGCGGCGACGGCUGACGCGAUUGGUGAGGGUGUCGUGGCUGGCAAGGGGAUCUUGUCCGAGGAGGCUGACCGCAUCUUGCAGGAGUCUCCUUUGGGAGCACUUUUGCCCAUGGUGGCUUCGUCGCUUACACUGCUGGCGGAAAAGCACGGCACUAAAAUACAGGGGCGCUUGAGCACCAUGGCACGGGAGAUCGUGGGAGUGAUGAAGAUGGUUUCCAAGUUGCUGGAGAGGGUACCAAAGGACCGACUGUCCGUGGCCGGGGUUAGCAAGGGCGUGGGCACCGUCAACAAGUCUGUGGUGAUGGAGAGCAAGCACAACUACGAAGCGCUGACGAAUGAGACCCUGGUUCUGGAGAUCAAAGGCGCUGCCAGGAUGGUGGUGACGUUUGAUGAACGCUCGCGCACAGAGGACGGGUACGACUAUUUGGUGUUUUGGAAGGACGAGUCGAAGACGGAGUCAUGGCAUCCGAGAAUUCCCAAGCUCUCGGGCACCGGGAGCUCUUGCAACUUCCCGGGAUUCGGCGGCAGGGAUCCGCUAGUGAUCGAGGCGGAAAGAUGCUGGAUUGAGUGGAGGACGGACGGAUCGAACGAAGAUUGGGGCUGGAAGUUCACUGCCUCAGCCGAGUUGAAGAAGGUUGGCAGCGGAGGGGACGGAGGCGGCUACUGGCUGCUGGGCCUAGACCGGCAACUGGCAGGGGCCGGAGCGGCUCUUGCGGGGUGCCUCGUGAUCUCCAAGCCGUGGGGAGGCAAAGCCGAGGAUGACAACGCCCCAUGCGCAAGUGGGAGGAGACCUUGGCACUACCACAUGAUGGAAGAUGACCUCUUGGCUGGGGCGGUGUCGCCCGAGACUGCCGCUGCCGCUGCUGCUGCAGUCGGCCCUUCUCCGACGGCCGUUGCCAGCCCUGCGACAACACUGCCUUCAACGUCAACGUCAACGGCAACACCAGCAGCAGAUGGGGUUACUUGGGUCGGUCGUGUGCCGGCGGGAGGGGGGUUGCCUCGCGAGGUAUCCGUGGGAGAUGUUGGAGCAGCCGUGCCGUCGCUGGCAGCAAAUGCACCGCCCUCCCCAGAGCUCGUGCUGCUGCAGGAAGUCGUGGACAGGCUUGAGGGGACCGGCGGCAGCUCGUUGUGCAAGGUUAUGCGAGCAAAAGUCGGUGAGGACCAAGGAUCUGUGGAGGCUGUAAACCGGGCGGUUUAUGCUACGUGUGCUGCGCUGAUUUGGCACCAGGGACUGGGCCCAGAAGCGCUCGCAUUAGCGGAGGGUAGGGUGGCAACACCGUCGAAGGCGCUGUCAAAGGCGUGGAGAUUCGGGCAACAGAUGCGGCAGUUCUUCGACUACGGGGACGUGCGUGACGCCGUCAAUAGCCAGAUGGAGCUCCAGAGGCAGCAGGCGGUCGCUAUGGAGACCUCACGGAGGAGCUCGGCUUCUGCAUCGUUGGAUGACCCCAGUCCGAGCACGAGACCAAUCCUCACGAGAGGACCCUCGAUAUACCAGGGGGCGGAGGAGAGAGUCAUCGCAGAGGUGAGCGAGCGAAUCGUCUCUCGUGCUCUUUUCCUUCUGAGCCUGCCAUCCCAGGCAACACGCGUGUCAAUCCAAGAGCAGUCCAAGCGACGCUGGUCAAUUCUGGCCAGGCUUGGCGGCGUGGGAAGUAUGCAGCGGACGUCCAGCCAUGGCAACAGCCCGGCAGAAGGCUUGGACUUGCUGGAGAAGUGGAAGGAAGUCGUGGACGAAGCCACCGCCAUGCGAAAGCUCAAGUCCAUCCUCGUGUAUCGCCGCAAGGCCGCAGACAUGCGCGAAAGGGCCAAGGAAAACUCUGUGAGCGAGCGCAUCAUGAAGUUCGCUCAGUGUCCCGCUGACGUGAGCCAGCUGGAAAUGGUGAGGCAGUGUCGAGACCAGCGAGCGAAGCUUAGGGCUGAAGGGCUCCGUCUUACCCGAGCCCUCGUGGCAGCGGCAGCAUCGCCUCCAGCGAAGGCGUGGUUGCUCUCGUCGCAUGCUGAGUCUAUCCGUCUCACCAAGAGAGAAGACAGGCCGGGGGCGCAUGUCCACUACCUCAGCUCCGUUGAAGGCUGCGAGCCAAGGGCGUACCUGGCGCUCGCUCGGCAGUUUGCGCUCCUCAUCGAGUGCACCCUUCAAGUUCUCAAGGAUUGCUCGAGGCCGAAGAAGGGCGAGACUCCUGCCCACGCUGCGGAGCGGAGGCUUCUCGCCGUCAGUUCAUUGCAGGCGCUGGCGCUAGAUUACGACCUGGGGGACCACGAGAUCCUCAAAGAGUCUGUUCUGUUGGAGGUGCUCGAGCCACUGCUGCAGAGCUUCAGUGAGCCUGGCGGGGGCGAAACCGGUGACACCAAGAACACCGAGGAAGAUGCCAACGCGACCGACCCGUCAGAGCCCGUGGAACCAAAGGCCAAUGCCGCCGAGCCAUCGGAGGAGGAGGAGGGGCUACUACUCGACGAGGCCAACGGUGCUGGCGACGGGGAGCUUGCGUCGCACCUCCCUGGUGCUAGGGAGGAGUCGGUGCGGAAAGCGGCUUGGUGCCUAUUCGAAGUGCUGCUGCCGCGGUGUGUCGGGCUGGAGGGCCAGGGAUUGGAAACACGGCUAGAGGAGCCGACGAGCUUCAGCCACAGGCUGCUGGCGGUCCUAAUCAGACAAGUUGGGAGGGCUUCAGGCAAUGUUCAGCGCAGCAACGCCAGCCUGGCAAUGGACGACGACCUGUUUUCCGACCAACCCUCUUCUGUACGGCCGGUAGUCGACGCACCGACUACACGGGGAGGCGGCGAGGACAGCGACGGUAGGGCUAGCGCAACGGCGACGUCUCUUCCAAAAGAGACGCCGCUGUUGCCGAGCGGGAUGCGGUUGAGGAGAGACGAGCCCGGGAGGGUGGCCGCUCAUCGAGACUUGAGUGUGCGGCACUCCAUGUCUAUGUGGUUGAGGCGGGAUGCCUGUCCGAUGGAUGCGAAGCCAGGGGCUUGGUAUUCCCCACCCAAGGUUGGCGACACGGUUGCUCGCGGGCCCAAGUGGCCACGCGGAGAUAUGUCGGACGGUGGACCGGGAGGUCUUGGAACAGUGACAGAGCUGACGAAAUCCAACAUGACUGCGAGGGUGGAGUGGGAUAUCACAGGGUUCAACGGCACCUACAAGAUGGGGUCGAUGGCGGAGUUCCCUCAGAACGCCGAGGAUGACACCGCCCCUGCCUCGGUCGAUGACCUACUGGUGUGGGAGGUAAUCAAGGUCGACCCAAGCGUGGGAGGCAGCGUGGUGAUGAAAGGAGGCGUAAACAACCUCACCCACGAUGAGCGGGACGAACCGUGGAGUCAGUUUGGACUGUCGCUACUGGGAAACGCCACCCUAAUGUACUAUGCCACCGCCGAAGAGGACCAGCUGUUCUCGGUGCAUUCCAGGACAAUGCUGCAGCCGGACGUGUGGACACAUGUCGCUGUGGUGCAGGCCAAGAACAGGUGCCGUAUCUACGUGGAUGGGGAGGAAAACGGGGAGGCAUCUCUUCCGCAGCACAUGCUCACCCCCGGAGGAAUGGUGAAGGACGUGCUCGAGUCUCAACACCCGUACGCCAACAACGUGGACAAGAUGUGGGACGUACGUGUGGAAGGGGCACUUUCGUACACCAUCUCCUUCGACAUCAUGACCAAGACAGAGCGGAACCACGACUACGUGCGCUUCCUGAAGGACGCGACCGACACAGACGGUCCAUUCUUCGGAGAAGAGCGUUACUCGGGCGGUAGGAACGGAUCGGAGAGCAACUGGCCGGGGACAGGGGGAAGGCCUCCCCUGGUCAUUAACGCACCGAGUUUCGCCGUGUUUUUCCAUACGGACCAGUCCAACAACGACUGGGGUUUCAAGAUGUCCUCGUUGGCUUGCGCAGCCGCUCCUGAGGAGGCCGAUGAAGAAAAGAGCGAGGCCUCCCCAGCGAAUCUGAACCCGUUCCCAGUGUACCUCGGACAGCCUCCUUCCUACGCGUCCUCCCAGAGAUCGGCCAGCGGGUACUUGUGGGGUGCGAGCACCUACGCCGUGUCUCUCACCGCGGAACAGGUACGCAGUCUGGCAUGCGCCCCUCCACCGCCCGAGCCGUCACUAAUGGAAGAGGAGGCCUGCACAGACGUGCUUAGCCUUGUGCAGCGCUGCGCUUCGUCGAUGGAUGGCGUGGCUGGCCAAGGUGGAGGUCUCAGUCUGGAAGCAGGGACUAGCCCGCUCGUGUCCCCGCAGGUGCUGGGGCCGUUGCUGGUGAUUCUGCUGCAAGGAUCGAUGAAGCUGAGGCUAGCUGCUGCAAGAUUGUGCGAGAGACUAUUGCCGCAAGCGCCGCUGGAAAUGGUUCAGCACAGCACCGGGAGUGGUAUUGAAGCAGAUGUUCCACGGACGUUGCUUGCCCUGCUCCUCACCGCUACGCAGGUGCAACUGAGCAGGGCGGGGUUCUCUUCCCCGUUGGUUCCCUCCCCAUCCCCCGGGGAGGAGACUCGAACAGCCCCUCUCGUGCGCGGCUUGAUGCUCCAAGCAGGGGAAACUCUGAGCGUUUGGUCUAGGAUGGCCGCGGCAAGGCCAGGAAUUACCAACAACGUCUACCUCCCGGGGAUGUUUUCGAAGGUUUCUCUUACUUCCGGAGAAGAGGCGUUUGCUUCGAUGAGUGCGCACGUGGGGCUGCUGCGGGCCUUGCUUGCCAAGGAGGGCUGGUCGCCGCCUCUGGCGGACUGCUUGCGGGAGGCGUGUUCGAACCUACCACUGAUGACAAAGGCCCUGGAGGGAGCUGGUGCUUGUGAGAUUGAGGGAGGUGAACCGGAAAGAGUGGCCGAGGUGCUGUGUGACCCCAGGCUCUGGAUGGUGCACGCAUGUCUCGCGCUGUUGGGAGGCAGUUUCCAGGGAUUGCAUGUCGGCGGAAGGGCCAUGGCAUUAAUGGGAGACAGAGACGGUGCCACGGUCGAGCGGUGCACCGUGCUGGCGAUGGACUGGCCAAGGCUGCACCACCUGGCAGCGAUCGAGAGGGAAAAGUGUGCGACUACGUCCCGAACGGCCAACAAGGGGGUCGAUUUCGUGCCUCCUGCCAAGGACUGGGACGGGUUGGAGUCUCCUCCGAGGGGAGGUGGUAAGCUAUCGGCAGCGGCGGAGGCGGCGGUCGCUACCGCGAGGGAAGAGGGGACACCCGGCCUUAUCCCGUACGUCCCACAGGGACUUGUCAAGCCCCUUGUGGAGGCAUUCGGUGUCCUGUCGGCCGCGGACGCCACAGACAAGAGAGUCAGGCACAAACCUUCGGUGGUUGUGUCCGAUGAAGAGCGCAUCCUCGAAAGCUCCCACCCUCACGCCAGAGGCGUCGACGAUAUUUACCCGCUAGACUUUCCAGGAGCGGACAGCAUACAGCUAUUCUUCGACGAGGACUGCCGCACCGAGGAAGGAACGGCGUACAUCAGAAUCUACAAGGACGACACGAAGACGGUUAUCUGGGGGGAGAGCAUGUACCAAGGCCGAGACAAGGACGGCAACUGGCCGGGCUUGGAUGGGAGGCCUGCUGUGUGCGUGCCUGCAUCGAGCUGCGUCAUCAAGUUCCACUCCGAGGAUCGAAAUCCGGACUGGGGUUUCCGCAUCGUAGCCAAGGCCAAGUGCAAGACCUUCACCCUUCCGCCAGAGCGGCCACCGCUUGUGGGACCGUCCGCCUUGUCGUUGCUGCAGGCGUGUGGGGCGAAGGCUCUCAUGUCGCUGGUGACCUCAUGGCCGCAGUUCGUACCACACGCGCAGCCGCUGAUCAAGUCGCUCGCUGAGCGUGCGCUGGGAAAGAACAGUUCCCAGGACGACUUGAAGAAGAUGGCGACACCACGGGCGACCAAGGUGGUGGUCGAAAGCGAGCAUCCCUAUUCCCACAACGCCGAUAGGAAGGAGACGGUCCGCAUCGAGGGAGCCAAGAAGCUUGUUAUCUCCUUCGAUGACAGGUCCAGGACGGAGCAGGGGUGCGACUUCAUGGUCUUCUACGCGGACGAGACCAUGUCCAAGGUGUAUGGGGACAACAAAUACACCGGGGGGAAAGACGGCCAUCCAUCAAACUGGCCCGGGACAGGAGGACGGCCUCCGCUUGAGAUCCCCGCUAGCCAUUUCUUCUUCCGUUGGCAGACUGACGGAUCGGUGAACGACUGGGGGUGGAGGAUGGUUGUGACGCCCGUGAUGGAGAAGAUGGAUGCGGCCAGUCUUCCCCCGCCGAUGCUUGACAGCAAGUUGGCGUCGCUGCUACGGAUAUGCCGGGACUGCCCGAAGGAGCAGCCUCCAGCGUUGGGUCUGGAAAAUUUUGAAGCUGAACCAGCAAUCCAACCUCUGCCCGACGGCAGUAGCGUGCGCGUGGGCGAGCCGUCCUGGCCAUCGUCUAUCCAUUCCCCCAUCGUAUGGGACUCCUUUUUUGAGGCCCAGACCGCCAAGACUGAUCUCUCCGCCGUGUCGACAGCGGAUACGCCAGCUGUGGGAAUGCCCAUGAUACCCAGGUGUCUCAGGCGGUACCGGCUGAGGGUGUUCGUGGUCAACCCGCGCGAUGCGGAGGAGAUUUCGCUGAGAGCAGCGCCAAGAACGGACUCCGACGAGGUGAGCAAGGUGCGGAUCAACACGCAAAUGCUUGUGGUGGAGGAGAGAGGAGACUGGAUGAGAGUAAUUCCGAUCAUUGUUCCAGUUCAAGCCGCUCUUCGGCGACUCGAGGAGCUGUGGGUUCGAUUCGACGAAACGCUGAGACGAGGGAAGGGCGGUGAGAUGUCAUCCGAGAACGAUAACGAGUUUUUCGAGAAGGUCACCACGGCGUUCAGGAUGAGCCCCGCUGCCGCUGGCAAGGGCGACGUGGACGCCAUGUGGGCGCUACGCCGGCAAGGAGAUAUGCUGUACAUGGUGCCGAGGGAGGAGGCUUCAUCGCACCUUGUCACGCUCCCUGACGAGGGAGACGUCAUUUCCCUGGAUAAGAGAGAGGCAACAAGCACGGCAGGCAGGGCUUCGUCGGGAACAGAGGGCGCUGCUUUCGAGGUUGUGGACCCACCGCAAGGAGACGAGGUGGGGCCGGCGUCACAGGGUGCUUUCGGGGUUCAGGCCGGUGCUGAACUGACCAGUGAAAGCCACAGGCUCUGGAGCGCGCUGACUGAGACUUCGCACGCGACGGCCACUAGGUUCAGCCGCCUGGCCCUCACGCGGAUUCUUGCUGGAUCGGCUGAAUCGUCCUAUCCCGGCAACAACAGCGGAUGUUCUCCAUUAGCGCUCGAUGACUACGGAGGACCCCACAUGUUCUUGACCUUGCUGCGCGCAACGUAUUCUGAGGCGCGGGAGAGUGAGAGCGACGUGGACAUCGCGGCCCUCGAGGUGAUCAAACACGACACAUGUUGCUUUUUUAAUCCUGUCAGAUCCAAGACCGGUCGCCCCGGUGGUCUAGUUGGUAACCUCGUAACCUUCUAGAGGUCAGGUCAGGGGUUCGAAUCCCGGCGUAGGCGAGCUUUUCUUGCAAAGUGAGUUUUUCUCUCGCUUCCGCUCCUGGCCAAGUGGAUAGCGCUAGUUCGUGUGUGUACACAGAGGGAAGAGAGUGCUGAACUCUUCUCGCAUUAAAAAUCGAAGGCAAAGUACCGCAGGAGGGGAGGGUAGAGAGAGGCUCUUCUGUGUGACCACGGGUUGGAAUAAACGGCACUAAUGCUGUGAGCGCUGAUUUGAAGUGAAGAAC